UUUUUAUUCACACUUGUUCUAUCUUAAUAGUAUGUUGAACUCUUCGCCUUUGGCGAUUCUUCCCGGAAAAGGGACCAUUGACUUUCAGAUACACUUCUUUUUUUUUUUUAUAAUAAUUAUUAUCAGUUCAAUGAUUUUUCAAUAUGGACUCUCGUUCUCAGACAUUUAUUUCUCUCAGUCUUACAAUAUAAAUUUUCAUUCUUACCAUCCAUAAUUUUGUAUUGUCUUCUCCACAGAUCUAUUCCAGCUCACGCCAUGGAGUCUUCUUCUUCACUAAAAGGUUCUGCACUUGGGAAGCUUGUGGUGACCUCUGGUCUCUUACAUAGCUCAUGGAGUAAGAUCUUGGAGAUACAUAACCCACCUUAUUCGAAUCAUGAUCCAGGUCUACAAGUUUCAAAAAAAAAAAAAGAUUCAGGUCUAGAAUUUCAGAUUCACCGAGAAGAGAAAUUCACACUUGUGGUUUUUAGCGCACCACCGAUCUGCAGAAGUAGUAGCUCUGAUUCUACUCUUCUUCAUGUGAAAGAUAAAGAAAAUCCUUUCCCAUUCCUCUGCUCCGAGAACAACCCAUCAUUCUCUCUUCACACACCUGCUUUUAACCUUUUUACCUCUGCUUCUACUAGUCUCACUUACCUCAAAUCAGAGUUGCUCCAAACGCUCAAGUCUGAGAAACCGGUGAUCAUCACCGGAGCUGCGUUAGGAGGGUCUGUUGCAUCUCUCUAUACGCUAUGGCUUCUUGAAACCAUCGAACCGACGUUAAAACGUCCCUUAUGCAUCACAUUUGGCUCGCCAUUGAUCGGAGACGCUUCUCUUCAACAGAUUCUUGAGAACUCUGUGAGGAAUUCAUGUUUCCUUCACGUUGUAUCAGCACAAACUCGUAUCAAGAUGGACUUCUUCAAACCUUUUGGAACGUUUUUGAUCUGUUUUGAUUCCGGAUGUGUUUGCAUCGAGGACCAUGUGGCGGUCACAGAGUUGCUAAACGGUGUUCAUGAUUCGGGUCUAGUAGACUACAGCCAAGUUCUAAAUCGUCUUGACCAAUCCAUGUUGUCUCUGGCGGAUUCAAGAUUGAUCCCUGAAGAUGUUAUCAAAGGAAUAGAGAAACGUGCAGAAAUGAAAAAUCUGCGAUUUGAUAUGAUGUUUAAGAAACUAAACGACAUGAAGAUAUCGAUGGCUUAUAUAGAGUGGUACAAAAAGAAAUGCAAGGAGGUCAAGAUCGGUUACUACGAUCGGUUCAAGACUCAGCUCGCGUUUCCGUCGAAAGAGUUUGAUAUAAACAUCAAGAAUCACCACAAAUCAGAGCUAAACCGUUUUUGGAAAUCAGUAGUUGAAGAAGUAGAGAGGAGGCCGCAGAGCGAUGCAUCGAUUCUCAAGAGACGGUUUCUAUUCUCGGGGAACAAUUACAGACGGAUGAUCGAACCACUCGAUAUUGCUGAAUAUUACCUCGAGGGUCGGAAAGAGUAUCGAACUACGGGAAGGUCUCACCACUAUGUUAUGCUUGAGAAAUGGUUUGGAAUGGAAUCGAUAUUAAUAGAAAAGGAAAGAUGCAAAAAGAGAGAUUUGAGUGAUCUUUUGACGUUUGAUUCUUGUUUUUGGGCUGAAGUUGAGGAUUCGUUGAUUGUAAUUAAUCAGUUGAAUACAACUGUGGGGAUGAGAGACGAUGUGAGAGAGGUAUUGACUAGAAAACUCGUGGAGUUUGAGGGAUACGUGUGGGAGAUAAUCACAAAACGUGAGGUUUCGCCGGAGAUAUUCUUAGAGGAAAGCAGUUUCAUGAAGUGGUGGAAAGAGUACAAAAAGAUCAAAGGCUUUAAUUCUUCAUACUUGACCGAGUUUAUGAACACCCGGAAGUACGAGAGUUAUGGUAAGUCACAAUAAUGGAAUAAUUUGGUAAUUUAUUUACAUUUCAGGUUACUAGUGUGUGAUUGUUAUUAUUCAUUUACAACGAGAAUUAGUAGUUUCUAGUAAAUUUCGUUACCAAUUUCUUCCCGUUUACAAGAAAAAAAAGUAUUAUAUUUAAGAAAGCAAAAGCAAAAGACAAAAGUGUGUCAUUGCGAGAGUAACAGAAGUGAAAUAAAAUAACGUUAUUUA